AUUGCUUGUACUCCGGCUGUUCCAAUGAGCGACGACGAGCUUGUGGCGGCUAGUGCGGCUUUUAGUGUAAUUUAUUGUUUAUUAAAUAAACAAAAAACAAAAAUGAGAAAGAAGAGACGGUGGUGGGUUACGUCGUUAUUUAAAAGUCGAAGCAAAUGCAGUGGAAGCAAUUUACUUAGCGACCUUAAUAUUGAAAACCUCCACUUUCAUACAUUCUGUAGAAUGUCGCCUACUAAUUUUGAGGAAAUCAUAAUUUUAAUCGGCCCAAAAAUUAUGAAGAAAAACACAACAUUUCGAAAAGCAAUUCCUGUAAAAGAACGAUUCGCUGUAACACUAAGAUAUUUAGCAUCGGGUGAUUCGUACACUAGCUUAAGCUUUUUGUUUAAGUUUUCCAAGCAGUCAAUUUCGCUGAUUGUGCCAGAGGUAUGCAGUGCUUUAUGUGAAGUUUUUCAAGAUUUUAUAAAGAUGCCUCAAACAGAGAAUGAGUGGCUUCAAGUAGCAGCUCAAUAUGAAAGACUAUGGAACUUCUCACAUUGCAUGGGGGCAAUGGAUGGCAAACACGUUGUUCUUCAGUGUCCAGUAAAUACAGGCAGUGACUAUUUUAAUUACAAAGGAACUUUUAGUAUUGUUCUUUUUGCUGUUGUUGAUGCCGAUUAUUGUUUUCUCUACGCUGACGUGGGCUGUCAAGGUCGAAUAUCAGACGGCGGUGUUUUUCGCAAUACAACCUUUUACAAAAAACUGGAGGAUGGCUCUUUAAAUCUUCCAAGUAGUAGAAAACUUCCUGGUAGGGAAAUGUUGGUCCCGUAUGUUUUUGUUGCGGAUGAUGCAUUUCCGUUGCAUAAUAAUAUAAUGAAACCAUACUUAGGACAGCAAGAAAAGGGAUCAAGCAAAAGGGUUUUUAAUUACAGGAUGAGUAGAGCCAGACGAAUAGUAGAGAAUGUUUUUGGUAUAGUCUCAGCAGUAUUUCGGGUUCUUAGGAAACCCUUACUUUUGGAGCCCCAAAAAGCUCAAGUAAUUGUUAUGGCUUGUGUUUAUUUACACAAUUAUUUAAGACAUAAUGCAAGGAAUACAUAUACACCAACCUUAACAUUUGACUGUGAGCAAAAUGGAGAAAUUGUUCCAGGAAAUUGGAGAAAUGAACCAGAGCCGAAGUCUACAUUCCGGGCUUUAAGAAACAUACCUCAACUGGGAAAGCCUGGGGGAAGGGACGAUCCACUAAGGCGUGGACUUAGUGGUGCAGGCGUCAGGAAAUACCUACGCUUUCUUCACGAGGGCAUGUCACCCGAAGAAGCGAGGCAAAAAGUCCUAGACGACAAGGAAAAAAGAAAGGAAGAACAACCUCCUCAAACUUCCAAGGCAUCGCCUAAGAAAAACCCCCAAGGUAAGAGGGGAAGUGACUUCAUCUCACCCCAACAAAAAAAGGGGGAAAAGAAGCAAAGAACCGGUGACGAUCCCCGGGUAAUGAAGACGAGCAAGUCUGCAAACAUAGCAGGGCAAGCCACCAGCUAUGCAAAAGCGGCAAAGCUCAUCAGAAUCGGAGUAUUGCCGGAGGACUACCCUGAGGCAACUCUAACCUCCGAACAACUCACAGAUGUGGAGGAAGCAAUCGUAUCAGAAAUGAUCAACAGCACAACAAAGGGCCUGCAGUUCUCAGGUAUUCAUUUUCGCUCGGGAAUGAUACUUGUGGACUGCGAGUCGGAGCAGACAGCAGAAUGGCUGGCUCAGAUGGCACCUAGGUUGAAGGAAUGGAAAGGGCCAGCGCUGGUAGCGAAAAGAGGAGAGGACAUCCCAAAAGCGCAUACCAUCAGCCUUUUUCUUCCACGGAGCAAAGGGCAAGACACCACAGCUCUCCUGAAACUCAUUGGAGUACAGAAUCCAGAGAUCUCCACCGAGACCUGGAAAGUAAUAAGCGCCAAAGAAAAUGGCCACGGUCAAGUGCUUUCUGUUGGGAUCGACACCAAAUCUGCGGAUAGCAUCCAGGCAAAGAAAUACACUAUCCACUACAGGUUUGGGCAAAUCCCCGUAUCUGGCCUCAGAAAGCAGGAGAAGGCAAAGGACAAAAAGAUGGAGCUUGAUCCAUCCACUUCAGCCUCUACCUCCUCCGAGCCAGUCGCCAAUGAGAACACCUCUACGGCGACUGAAACACAAGAGACCGAGGGCAUGGACCUCGAUCUCAAUGUCAACCCGACCACUUCCGCUGAGGAGAAUGUCAUCAGCAGCGAAGAAGAAGAUAGGCUUCUGGGACCUAAUGUAGACCAUCAGGGGGACGGACCGGAUGGCCCUGACAAAUCAUAA